AGUGCUGAGGUGUGACAGAUAGAUCGCCUCCGGGACAGGGAAGGGUGGAAGGAGGACACUUUAAAAACUGUGGAACAGAGAACGAAAGAGAGAGACAGAGAGAACACGCUCAAGUCAUUAGAGGGACAGAGAGGCCCAGACAGAAUAUGGAACAGGGUCAGUGCAUUGUCGGAGGUUAUGAUGCCGUUCAGGCAGUUACUGAAGAAGUCCAGGAUCUAGCCCAGAAGGUCAAGCUGCAAGUUGAAAAAAAGGUGUGUCGUAAAUUCGAAACUUACCAUGCCAUCUCUUACUGCUCCCAGGUGGUGGCUGGAACAAACCUCAGCAUUAAGAUCGUUGUAGGCCCAGGGGAUGACUAUAUCCACGUCGAUGUCUACAAGCCCCUGCCCUCUUCGGGGGAACCGGUAAAGGUCACCAACGUCCUGACCGGGAAGAAGCUGUUUGAUGACAUCCAGGGACAACCUCCGUUCCCCCACGUCCCCCAGAGACUCUCUUCCUGAAAGCUCACACCCGCUCCCCACCCACACGCCAGACCCCCCACCACCCCUACCCCA